CCCCUUUUUCCCCCUCGCCCCUGCUCUCUCUCUCUCUCUCUCAUGGUGGAGCGCCACGAGAUCGCGCGCCGGUGACCCCCGCUGCCGCCCGGCUCAUGGAGAGCUUCCGCCACCAGCGGGCCCCCGGUUCCGACCGCUUCCUCGGCCUCUUCGCCGCGUCCCCGGCCGCCAACGGUACGGUCCUCUCCGCCGGGGAGGACGAGCUUCACGAGGAGGAGAUCUUUUGGACCGGGGCCGACCCUCCCUCCUCCGAGACCAACCGCUACCCUAUGAAGCCCUCCCCCGCUAUCGCCAAUCCCAACCCUAGCCCUGCCUGCAUCGCCCGCGCCGGGUUUCGGCGCCUUCCGGAGCGGAACUUCGGAAUCCUCGCCGCCCUCCCGGAGAACGACAAGAAGGAGCCGACGGCGAAGGCCGGUCCCCAGUUCCUCCAUCGGAAGGCCGCCGCCGGCGUCCCCACUUCUUCACCGUCGAGCUCCACCUCCCCUUCCUCCGUCUCCAGCUCCGCUCGGAUGAUCCCGGCGGUCCCCAAGACGAAGCCGGAGUCCGCGAUGUCGAUUCCGGGCGGGAAGAUCUACCACCAGUCCGCCCCGGUGAACGUGCCGAUGGCGCCGCCGAUGAUGAGAAAAGGACGGGGGGAGUUCGAGAUGGACGACGGAGAUUUGGACGGGGAUGAGGAGAUGCUUCCGCCCCACGAGAUCGUGGCGAGGCGGUCCGGGAUCGAUUCGCCGAUGACCACCUUCUCGGUGCUGGAGGGGGUCGGAAGAACGCUCAAGGGGAGGGACCUGCGCCGGGUUCGCAACGCCGUCUGGCGAAAGACGGGCUUUCUUGAUUUAUAGCGAGGAAAGUGCUUAAUUUCCCUCUCUUAAAUUUUUUUGUCUCUUUUUGAUCGUGGUGGUAUUGUGUUUUGUGAUCUUGGGGGAAGAGGGGAUGGCGAUUGAGAGUGUUUUGGUGGAUCGGUGACAAUAAAUGAUCAUCUUUUGCCACUUCGCCCAUUGCGUUCUUCAAUUUGCCUUUGCUUUUGUGUCAAUUAGCUCUCUCUAUCUCUCUCUACUUGGAGAGGAAUUUGUCGGAAUUUGUUAGUUAUAGAGAAAAUUCACAUACAGAUCUUAGUGUCGUAA